UCUCAAAGCAAGUUAAAAUAUAAUCAACCCAUUUCCUCACUCUUCGCACCAACUUCUACCCAGUAAACAAAGAAUAAGCAGGGGAAGAAAGAAAGUACAGAGAAGAAAUGGCUUCCACUUCUGCACUUUCAAUGGCUAUGCCAGUAACUUGUGCCACCCACAAGAAGGUGCUUCCUACCUCUGAUGCCUUCUUCAAGCCACUGCCUCUACGGUCUUCAAAAGCAGUUGCAGCAUCAAAUCCCAAUGGAAGGUUUCAAGUGAGAGCCUCCAUGAAGGAGAAAGUUGUCACAGGGCUCACAGCAGCUGCAUUGACGGCUUCAAUGAUGGCUCCUGAUGUGGCCGAGGCUGCUGUCUCACCUUCUCUCAAGAACUUUUUGCUCAGCAUCGCCGCCGGUGGAGUUGUUGUUGUGGCCAUUAUUGGUGUUGUAAUUGGUGUUGCCAAUUUCGAUCCCGUCAAACGAAGCUGAUGAACUUCUGAAGCACUGUGUUCUAUUUUUUUUUUUUUUUUUUAACUCCUAUAAUGGUAUGCAGCAUCUGUAAUGUAUUUUUCUUCAGCAAUGAAGUGAACCCUCUGUUGUGUAAUAUGUGACCUUUCUUCUCUACUUGGGCAGAAGCCCUUCAAUUCUUAAAACGUAUUUUUUGUUGAUUGCGUCA